UAGCAACAUUUUCACAAAACGUCACUGUCAGAGGAUCGACCUAACCAACGACAACAAACGUGCUAUAAAAAGCCAAAAAAGAGCCGAAAUAUCUUCUUUCACCCCAAAAAAGAGGGCUCUAUAAAUGAAAAAUGGCGGGCCGGCCACAGCACAUGCAUGACGGUGGAAUCGUUGAACGCCGGUUGCGUCCUAUUUACGAUUGGCUGGACAAUGGGAAUAACAAGAAGGCCCUGCAGGAGGCGGAGAAAGUGCUUAAGAAGAGUCCUACGCUGCAAGCGGCGCGGGCUCUAAAAGCCCUGUCGCUUUUUAGGUUAGGAAAAUCGCCGGAGGCUAACUCGGUACUGGAGGCGCUGGCGGAGGAGAAACCUAGCGACGACACCACGCUGCAGGCCAUGACGAUAUGCUACAGGGAAUGUCAGCAAUUGCAAAAAGUAUGCUCGCUCUACGAAGCCGCAGUAAAAGUGGACCCAACAAGCGAGGAGCUGCACUCCCACCUGUUCAUGUCCUAUGUCCGCAUCGGGGACUACCGGGCGCAGCAGCGGGCAGCCAUGACACUGUACAAGUUUGCACCUAAGAACCCAUAUUACUUUUGGGCUGUCAUGAGCAUUGUUUUGCAGGCCAAAGAAUCCGACGACGCUUCCAAACGCGGCAUCCUACUCGCCCUAGCCCAACGAAUGGUCGACAACUUCAUCUCCGAAAACAAAAUGGAGGCCGAACAAGAAGCUCGCCUCUACAUCAUGAUCCUCGAGCUGCAGGAGAAGUGGGAAGACAUCUUGAAGUUCAUAGAGAGUCCGCUCUAUGAUAAACUCCUGCCGGGAUCUAUUACCCAGGCGGUGAUACCUUAUUUGAAGAAACUUAAAAGGUGGAAGCCGCUGAAUCUAUUAUGCAAGGAGCUGUUGUAUGAUAAUCCAGAUAGAUGGGAUUACUACGUCCCGUACUUCGAAUCAGUAUUCAAUCUGAUAAGGGAAUCGGACAAGAGUGAGGGAUGUGAUGAUACUGCGGAAAAGUGCCAUGAAUUCAUCUGUCAGUUGGUGGAGGGCAUGGGUUCGGGCAGGGUGUUAAGGGGGCCUUAUUUAGCCCGAUUGGAGCUAUGGAAACGACUGGCGGUUGAUGGGAAUCCUACUGAGCUUUUAGGUAGCGGCGUAGCACUAUGCGUGCAAUACUUACGAGUGUUCGCCAACAAGCCGUGCGCGGUGCCAGAUCUCCGGCCGUACCUGGAAAUGAUCCCGCAGGGCGAGCGCGAGCAGCACUGCCGGGAUUUCCUUACGUGUUUAGGCUUUGACGAAGACAGUGAGCCUACCACGCCCGACGACAUCCAACGCCACAUUUCGUGCCUAUCAUUAUGGCGUCUAACAGCGGCACCUCUCCCCGCGGCGGACUGUUUGUCCCUGGCUGACCGGCUGCGGGCGCAUUACCUCAGAGCCAACUCCGACGGGUAUGCGAUACUGGCCGCGCAUCAUUACAUAUAUGCCGCGAUCGAGUUACAAAGCUCAGAGCCUGUGGUGGAAGCUCUAUGUCUUCUAGAGCUGGUGCUGCACCGCUCUCCUGCUAACUUCCACGUCAAGCUACUGCUUAUCACUCUCUACCAUCUCCUAGGUAAUGCAUUGGCGGCGGACAGCAUCUACCAACGUCUAGAAGUGAAGCACAUUCAGCUGAUCUCGCUCGGCUGGCUGCACUGCGCGCGGCUCGGCGGCGCCGCGGCCUGCGCGCGCGCCCUGCAGCUGCUCGCCGACACCGGCGCCUUCCGCGACCAUCAGCAUAAAGACAGCGUAGAACACUUAACAUAUGCAUACAAAUACGGCACGUUCGAGAAGCUAGUGGAGCUGGGGCGCUGGAACAGUUUGGUGCGGCGCUGCGCGUGGGGCGCGGCGGCGGCGCGGGAGCGCGCGCUGCUGGCGCUGCUGGCCGGCCCCCCCGCCCCCCACCACGCCCCCCCACCGCUACACAACCAGCCUGUUGACAACCGUGACCUAACUGUGAUAGUGAGCUACGACCCGCCACAAUGCCAAGACCCGUACCUUAAAGCUAAGAGCUUCGAGGAGGAGCUGGCGUACCUGAGGCUCAAGGACGGGCUGGUGUCGUCCAUAGCGCUGUGCAUAGAGUUGGCUGAUGGUAGACCGGUUGACGAGAAAAAGGCUCACUACGAGGAGCUGACGGCGUGUGUAGGUGCCUUUAGCGAAGCGAUGGCGAAAUGUCGAGAUCUGUACGGCACCAGGCGGCGGUGGCGGGUUUCUGAACCAUUCCCCAGCACAAUUAUCGCAUUCGUAUCAUCACCCGUACCCUACCGGGAACUGUACUCCUGCGCGCUAACGCUAGUGGGCGAGCUGGCAACGUCGCACACGGCGCGCGCGCACGCACUGGCGGAGGAGGCGGCGCGUGAAAUACGCGGCGCGAGACAAAAACUGAAGACAGUAGUGCCUAGGGAGGGUUGGGGCAUGAGGGAGGCCAUAGAGCACCUUAGUGUCUACUUAGAGUUCAUAGGCAUAAUAACCUUCCUCCUCGGCGUGUGCAACGAGCUCUCAACGCCAACCAACACCAAAAAGUCCAAAAAGAAAACCAGCCAGUCCCCCGACGAGCUCCGGACCUCAGAACUGCUCUCCGACCUCAACCAGUCCGUACAGGACUCCGUCUCGGACAUUGAACAAAUCAUCGAGGACUGGCCAAAAUAUACAUUCAAUUCAACGCUAGAACAAGAAUUAAAUAAACUUUCACUAGAUAAAUACCAAUGUCCGGUUCAGAAUAAACUUAAUAGUGGACUGAAGGAUGUUUUGAGCGAUUUGGGGAAUAUACUUAAGAAGAAAGAGAAGUAUUUGAAGAGUCUGCAGUGAUGUGAUAUGCAUAUCUGUUAUAUUGAUAUUAUCUAGGGCGAUGUGAUUGUGCGUUUUUAGAGUUUAUAGUAAGAUUCAUAGAAAACGUCAACAAGGGCAACGCGCAUGUGAUAGCCCCGUUGUUGCAAACAACUUUAGGCUAUAUACUAUUGCCACAUUCGUAGUGUAAUAAAAACCGGUCAAGUGCGUGUCGGACUCGCGCACUAAGGGUUCUGUACCAUUACGCAAAAAAACGGCAAAAAAAUCACGUUUGUUGUAUGGGAGCCCCCCUUAAAUAUUUAUUUUAUUCUGUUUUUAGUAUUUGUUGUUAUAGCGGCAACAAAAAUACAUCAUCUGUGAAAAUGUCAACUGUGUAACUAUCAUGGUUCAUGAGAUACAGCCUGGUGACAGACAGACGGACAGCGGAGUCUUAGUAAUAGGGUCCCGUUUUUACCCUUUGGGUACGGAACCCUAAAAAAGAAUGGUAAACUCCAUACAUUAAAUGUAUGGAGAAUGUCCAUAAUGUGAACGUUUCAGCAUGUUUUCUAUGGAAUUUACUAUAUAUACUACUCUCUACACUUAAGUUCACUUGAUUUCGUGUUUGCCAAAUAAGAUACAAAUACAGAAAGGUGAACUUGAAAAUUAGGGCACGUUCAUAUUAGGGUCAUAGUAAGCGGCCUAAGGCUACGUUUCCACCAGAGAUGUGCGAGGAUACGUAGCGAGGGAUGUGCUUGUUAAGAACCAACAGAAUCGCUUCAUUUACCUAUCCUUGCUCAGCGUGAAAUGUAUGCCCUAAUUCAGUGUAGAUAUUAUGCUCAUAUCACUCGCCGAUUUUAUUCUAGUUCGAUCGAGUGAGAUACUGAUCGUGUAAAUAAUGUAAUUUUAUGGUUUUAUAUGGCUAUUAUUUACUAGAAUAUACACGCUGGCCGUUACAGCUUUGGACCUAAUGUGUUGAACAUGUUAGCCUUCUGGGUCUUAUUUACAAGUAGUUACUUAUGGACAAAUUUUGAGGAACGCAAAAAAAAGGUUUAAUUUCUGGAUUACAGCACCAAAGUAGUUUCAAAAUUAGCAAUAGGGAAUAUUACGCAAAACUCUGCGUAGGGGGCGCCACUACCACAAGAGGGUCUAUCACGAAAAUCUAAAUUUCGUUAUCUAACAUCUUUGUCACUCUUGCAGAUUCGAGCGAUAAAGGUAGAUAACGAAAUUUCGGAUUCACGUUUCCCGGUGGGUCCUCUGUAAAACCGCCUUGAUGCAUCAAUGUCAUAUUUUAUUAUCUCUGAAAACUUGUCAAAAACCUGUUAAAGGCACAGUAUGUAUAUUACUCUAAGGUUUACUAAACGGGCAAGUGCUGCAUUCUGGUGGCAGAACAUUGUAGUAAAACCCCCUAUUGAACCUUAUUUUGCGGUUCUCUAAAUUUCUCCAUGAGUGUAUUUUAACACCAUUUUGACCUUUAUGAAUUUGUCUAUGGUCAAUUUAAAACACAUCAAAGUGCGUUUUUAAAUGAGUCGGCGAAUAAAAGACCUUAUUUACCGUUUUCCUUGUGUUUUUCACUGUAUUAGUCAAUAUUAAUAAAAUAUAUGAGCUUGCAUAAUGCAAUACACAAUACAACGACUUUAUGCUGCAUAGAUAUAUUUUUGCAAUUCUAUCAUAAUAUUUAAAAAAGUGUGAUUUUAAUGCUUCACUAUGUACGCCACUCAUUAGGCAUGUAAUACACUGCCCACUGCCAAUAGGGAGCGUGCAUAAACUGUAGGGGGCAGCACAGGAGACGUCAGAUUUUUGGCGCUAGGCGUAAAUGUGUAGUUUAUGUUUCCAAAGUAGCCCACAAGAUGGCAGCAC